UAGAACUAAGCAGAGAUAAGGGCUGCCACUGAUGAGUAGUGAUGGGAAGUAGGUACUUGUACUGCGCAUCUAAGGAACCCUUUAGGGGAACCCUCACACUUAUAUGUACGGUUCUUGUAAUAGUUAUUGUCAGUAUUGUGCCAGACUUGUCCGAUCUUAGAUACUUUCUUAACCAUAUAUUUGUCUAAGAAUAAGAUGAGGCACCUCUCAGUCUUAUAUAAGCCUAACUUAUUCUUCAAAAGAUAUUUAAAUGAUAUAUUUAUAACCCUUUGAGGCACUUACUACAUUUUGAAGAGCUCCAACUGACAUUGUGAUUUUUCCCAUACCGGAUAUUGAAAAUUCGGCACUUCCUACGUAGUAUAUCUAUAAAAACCAGUCCAGUGCCCUUCCCAUCACUGCCGAUAAGCUGUUCCGUAUCUGCCAGGGCUGGUCAAGGCCCUGACUUGCUCCAGUUACCCACAAAUUGCCAAAGUCCAGGCCGCCGCCGAGCAGCCCGCAGAAGCCAUUGUCAGCCACUUGCCAGAGUAAACACAUCGAUAUGCGCGUGGGAUAUGGAGUGUGAUGUGCAUAGGGCGGGUAGGAGCUGCCCGCCAGUGCAUUUCACACAUUAUCGUCAGUUCUGCAACAGCUAGUUUUAUUUAUAUUUGUACCGAGUGCUCCGGCAUUUGUUUGGCUCCCCCGCGCUUAUCUUAUCGGGAGUGUCGGAGUGGCUGGGACUGUGGAACAAUUGGAAGUGCGAUAAGCGGCCACAGAAUGCCAGGCGCUCGCCCCGGCCAGUCAGUUGAAAUCGGAGCUGCCUGCGAAUUAUCCACUAUCCAUGACCGACCGGCCAUCGGGCCACUGAUACUGCGUCAUCCGAAUCGCCAGGGCAGGCAAGAUUGGCCCAGGAAGAGUCAUCGGCGGCGAAGGAAGCCCCAGAAGUGAGUUGUGGUCAACGGGUGUUGCUGCAGCAGCUGCUGCUGCCACUUCUUGGGACAACACAGUGGGAGUCAGCGGAAAUUGGCUCUUGACAAGCGGAAGAGUUCUGCCACUGACGUCACUUGCCCCCGGAGGAGGAGGAGGAGGAGGAGGCGAAGCGGGCCACUCCCCACCGGUCAGCUGCCUCACCCCUUGGGCGCUGCUGCGAUAAAGCCCAAGAGCAGCCAAUCGAGAAGAAGCCCAAGUGGCGAGGGCGGCGGGAGUGCGGGCAACCGAUAAGCCUGGCCAGCAUCAUGCAGACGACGACCAGUCAGCGGCCAGUAACGCCUGGCACUCCAGACUCGGCACACAUCGUAAUCGGCGCCGCGGGAUUCGUGGCCCACGAGAGACGCCAGCCCGGAAAGACUCUGAUGAAUUGCUUUCGCGACCGCUCCACGACCUCGUCGUCAUCGUCAUCGUCGCAGGGCCCGCACGCCUAUAUGCGCGGCCACAGCGUCACCUCGGGCACUCUGUUCCGCCUGGAGGGCAAUGGCGGCUCGAACUGCACCCUGGACAAGGCGGGCAAGCAGGACACGGGGCGCCCCGAGGCGGUCGUCCUCCUCAGGGAGCUGAAGACCAAGCCCAACAAGCUGGCGCUGCUGAAGAGCAGCAGCACCAGGGAUCUGACCCGCCUCUUCCUGGACGAUUCCACCAACACAGCCGUGCUGGUCUCGAACACCAGCCUAGACGUCUGCUCCUCGAACUCCAGCUCGGCUGGCAGUCCGGCGGUGGGCAGGUCCAAGGGCAGGGACCGCCACAGCGCCAUGGAGUGCUGCAGCGCCUGCUCCAAGCGCUGGCACGACCUCAAGCAGCGCAUGCACACGCUGGAGCAGGAUCUGCUGGUGCAGACCACCUACGGCCAGGAGUUGGAGCAGAAGGUGGGCGAAAUGAGUCGCCAGUUGGGCGAACUGCUGCAGGAACGGGACAGGGAGAAGGAGAAACAGCGCUCGGCGGGAUCGGGCGGCGGUGGCGCGUUCGGCAAGCGGUAUCCGGCCCACACCACCGGCAGUCCCAAUGUGCGACCCUCCCGCCUGGUGGCCUGGAUGAAUCUGUCCAACUGGUUCAAGAGCCGGCCCAGCGUGGAGACCCUGCGGGAGCAGCGCAUCUUCUUCGACGAGCCCUGCUUCGACACGGAGCUGGAGAUGGUGCUGAAGCACGACCAGUACCGCAACGUGCCCCGCAUCGUGGUCGACUGCUGCGACCUCAUCGAACAGAAGUAUCGCAGGUCCACGCAGCCCAUCGAGGGCAUCUACCGGCAGUGCGGCGACUACAACAAGAUCCAGACGCUGCGCUUCAGCAUCGACGCGAACGACUACGACGCACUGCGCCAGCCGGACGUGGACAUACACACGCUGACCGGGGUGCUGAAGCUGUUCCUGCGCGAGAUCAAGAGCCCGCUGGUCAGUGUCAACGAGGCCAAGACCUUCAUUGGCCCGCCCAACCAGUGGUUGCUCACCGAUCUUUCCGCCAAGCUGGACACUCUGAAAAGACUGAUACGCUCGCUGCCGGAGAUCAACCGCGACACCAUGGACUACAUCUUCGGGCACUUCAACAGACUAACCAAGGUGCCGCUGCAGCAGAUCAGCGCCGAAACGCUGUCCAUAUCGGUGACGCCCUCCAUCUUCCACACAGUGCCGCAGGGCGUCCACAUGCAGGACAUCCAGCAACUGCUCCGCGAGGGCGAGACCCUGGCCGACUGCGUCAAGCUGAUGAUCGAGUACCAGGGUCGCAUAUUCGAGUAAGUGAGUCCCGUUGCGGAGGAGCAGCCCCCGGUCUCCCUGGUGAAGGUGCAUUGGUGUCCGGCCGCCCGCUACUGUUCCCCCCACCCGAGUCCCAGCCGCUUGCGCCUCAUCCAAACCCGUGCUCAUCCCUGUGCCGUUGUCUCGAAAGCUUUGCUAACCACACGAACUCCUGAACCCGUACCCGCACCCACUGUACCUGCAACACCAAUCCCCCACCCCCACGUCCCGUCGUCUACAGAUGCACCGCCGACCGCCGCCGCCUGAGCAUGCGCAACCUGAAGAAGACCCUGUCGCAGCCGGACCUGCUCUUCCACAACCUGUUCUGAUCCGAUCUGACCCGAUGGCAUGGAUCAAGGGAUCCUCGGAUCCCAGAGAGAGCUCUGUACAUAUUGAAUGACCCUAGGCGCUUAAGUUUACUAACCCACAUGCAGGCGAACUAGAACCUAUGUCCUAGUAUUUUGUGUGGAUUUUUUACACUUUACUUUAUAAACUAACUUUUGUACUUAUGUUUAAUAAACUGAGAGGUUAUCACCUUGACAUAA